GCGAACGCGCCGAUUCUCCGUGGUGCUCAUAAGAAAACGUGCGCGGGGCAUAUCUGCGUCCCUGACGAGAGCCUCGUGUCUGAACUCUCUUCAUCUCUCUCUCUCUCUCUCUUUCUCUGGGUCGCUCGGGCUUUCUCAUAUUUACUCGUACCGUCCCUUCGUCCCUCACGCUCCCUGAUGCUAACUCCCUACCAGAGGAUCGCGCGCCGAUCCCGUCUCCCCUACUACCGUCGUCGACGGUCCUCGGUGCGCGUUCGAUACACGGAAUCGCCUCGUGGUUCUCGGAAGGCAGUAGACUGUCGCCAACCACGCCAGACGGCGCACCGCUCGCACGCUCUCUCUCUCGUUGCGUAUUCGCCCACUGGCUCACCCACGGGGACUACCCUCGUCCUCGUCCUCUCGGCCCUCUCCUCCUCCUCUCUCUCUCUUGCUCUCCUCCCUUCUCGCUCUCCGUCCUCUUCUCUUACCCUCCCCUUCACGCCUCUCUCCUCCCGACCACUACUCCAUACACUCUGUCUCGCGGCGCGGCUGCGGAGCCAGCCAGCUACACGGGGCCCGUCAGUUACGCAACAAUAACAACGCCGUCAGGAGGUGCGUAGCGUCGUGCGGCGCGCGACACCGCAACGCGACACCGUGGAUCGUGCGUAGUGUGUGUGUGUGUGUAUGUGUGUGGGUGUAUGUGUGUGUCGACCGUUGCGUUCGCGAGGAAUCACACUUGUUGACAGCAACGCGGGUGAACGCGGGUGAAACGGAGCGACUCGCACGGAUUACAAGGGGGGGGAGGGGGGACGGAGAGGAAGAACGUAAGGAAGAAAUCUGGAAGUGAUCGUCGUCGAGAAAAGUCAACUUUCGCGCGCCAACACCAACUGUGGCAGGCAAAGCGGGAUUGACAGGAGUGACUCGAGAUCGCGAGCGGGAGAAGAGAUCGCGAUGAUCGAGCGCGAUCGAGAGUAACGCGACGCGUGUGACGAGGUGUGAGAAAACGUGUACAAGUGUGCAAUCUUUCAGUAAAGACUCGCGGGAUCUUUGGAGAACGAGGAGAGACUGUAACGGGAGUGCGACGUCGUCAAGAGUGGAGGAUUCGCGCGUGGCACGAAAGGGGAGCAGGAGGAGAAUCCGAGGGAAUUCCGAUCGAUCGCGAUCGAGAGCGGGAAAGCGUGACUUUGGACGUCGGUCGUUACACGAGGGAAACUUGUAUCUCGGCUUCCAUCGGAUAGAAACCUCAAGAUACCGAAGAGAUCGCGAAGCCGGGGGAUUCGCGAACGUUACCCUCGGAUGGAGAACAUGCGGAAGUGUCGAUCGGCGCGGUGAAUCGUUAAGGAGCGUCUCGCGAGCCGUCCUGGAUCGAAUCGACAUUCAUCUCCGGCUAUCGAUCGAAUGAAUGGAACAGUAGUCAAGUGUUAUCACGCGGCGAGUACGAGAGCGACCACGAGGAACAGCAGCGAGAGGUGCGCCGAUCGAUCGUAGAUCAAGCUACGUCGGAAUAACAUCGAGGCAAAAGUGUUGGACUUUAAAAGUUUGGACGAGCGUCAUACGGAUCGCCGUCGAUCGUCUUGGUAGGGACACGAUCUUUGUAGUAAACGAGGUCGCGUCAGUAGAUCGGCUACUGAUCUCUCUCUCUCUCUCUUGGGAGAGAGACACUCUUGAAGAAGAGAGCACGGCGAGACGCGGCGGGUAUCCCCACGGCGACGCGUUUAGGCGCCAAUGACGUCACCGUGCGAGUGAGACCGCCGCCGGGGGAAUUCGCGGUCGGAGUUUCUCGCCGCGCGCGCGGCACGUUUACGCGUCCCCGACACGGCGAGACGCGAGACGCGAGGCGACACGGCGCGACGCUCUCGGCAGUCAGCAGUGCCGCGAUCGCCGGCGAUGGUAGUACCAGUGGUGAUGGUAGUGGUGACCGCGCGAUAGUAGCAGUGUUGAUGGUGUACGCUCGACCGUACGAGUGGUUUAUUCCUCCUCGUCAUCCGUCGUCGUCGUCGUCGUCGUCGUCGUCGUGCCGUGCCUCGCGGUGGGGGUAAGGAUACCCCUGUGAAAUCCGCGGUGCGCGGGUGGCCGAUUAUACUUUUCUAACUAACGUAUGUCGCUCGUCGUCGGCGGGCAAUGACUAACCGCGCGCGGCCGAUUACGUUAACGAGAGAUAUCAUAUCCGACGACUCGGAGCUGCCGAUUCGGAGCUAUCACUCGUUGCCCGUUAUCAUCGUCAGCGCCGGUCGGACGGGAUUUGCAUAGCAAACAGAUUGACGCGCUCGUAGUAAGUGGAUAACGAGAAAUCGCGCACGUACACCGUAUAUAGCGCGAGAGAUCGUUGGGCGCUUCGUAAGUGUGUGAAUAUCGCUCAGCGCGUGCGUGCAUGCGUGCGUGCAUGCGUGCAUGCGUGCGUGCGUGCGUGCCGUGCGUGCGUACGACUGGUAUCAGCAGGAGGGAGAGAGAAAAAGAGAAGGAGAGAGAGAGAGAUAGAGGAUACGACGGACGAGGCAAGUGCGGAGCUUAAAAUAGAAGAGUGACUUCGGCUUAAGUACGUGGCGGGAGGACGGAGCGAGUAAAACACACGAAUCGGAGAAGAGAAGGGUGGAUGUUGUGCUCACUUUUUCCCCACCUCCACGUUUCUGUGAUACGUUCGAAUUCUACGUUUCUCCGUGGGUGAAAGAGGAAACAACGGGAGAGGACGACGAGAAUACAUAUACAUACAUACAUAUAUAUACAUAUAUACAAAUAUCUCGCGAUGGAGUGCGUAUUUCUUCUGUGAUAAUUCGUAUAGUGCGUAUUGUAGUGGUGGAACGCAAGAAAAGGGUGAUCUCGUGUCUCACCGCGCGCGCAAGAUUCUUUUUCUCUUUUCCCGCCCGUGUGGUUGGAAAAAAAGAAAAAAAAACAGGAGAGAGAGGAUUCAAGUCGAUCUUCGCGCGGUAGAGAGAUCGCGCCUCCAGCAAGCCGAGCGCUCGCCCAUCAGGAAAGGAGGCGUCGGCUCGCUCUCUGUCCCACGCGAUGGAUCGUGACUCGCGUUCGUAUUCCUGCGGAGGCUGCGAGAGGACCGCCGCCGAGGGCCGAGCUAUGCCGAUGGAGUAACAAGUGAGCGGCGAAGCGGCGUUGCCAUGACGACAGAGACCCAUACUGUGGCGAUGACAGACCCACAGCUGACCAAUAAUAAUAACAACAAUAACAACAACAACAACAACGAUGGCGAGCCAAAGUACCUACACAAGAAAUUCAAGAAGAUGGCGACGACCGAAGUUACGCCGAAAGUCGUCGAGAAGGAGGGCACGGCAAACAACGUCAUUUUUGACGAGGCACCAAAACGAAAGGACGACAAUAAGGAUGGUAAGGAGUCAUCGAAGGAACUCGGCAACAAACUCGAACCUUCGCCGGAGCCGACAGGGGGAGUCGAGCCCAUCGCUGAGUCUCGAAAGAGCGGCAGCUACGCGUGUCCUUUCUGCCCGAUGACGUGGACCAAGCCGAGUGUCCUUCAAAAGCACAUCAGGGCGCACACAAACGAACGACCGUAUCCAUGCGUACCAUGCGGAAUUUCCUUCAAGACCAAAUCAAAUCUGUACAAGCAUUGUAGGUCGCGCUCUCAUGCACACAAGAUGGAGAAAGGAGAGAAGGUAUCUGAGGAUUCCGACAUAAGUCUAUCGGAUAGCGCCAGUAAUGGUACUGGUACACCACCGCCGCCGCCAGCUUCGACGUCCACAACGGCAACGACGACAGUAUCCACUGCUGUAGUAAAGACCGUGAAAACCGGCAAGAUCUAUAAGCCAAAGUUUCAAGCCCGAACAGCAUUACAGUGCGUGAACAGUGACACCGAAACGUCUUCCUUAUCGCCCAGUUCUUCUAACAGUUCCUGCUUGUCUUCCUCCACAAAUACUUCCACUUCCAAUUCUGUUAAACCUAAGGCGGAGCAGCUACAGGAGCAUAUCGACAAGAUUAUUACAGACAAUCAGGCAAUCGUCGAUGCAGUGGAUCCAUGUCUGCACAAACUAAUGCAUCGCCAACACAGCCUAGUCGAGACAAAACAGUCAUUUGAACAGCAGCCGUUAAACUUGUCUUCCGCGGAGGAGAUCUUGAACAACAGAAAGCGUUGUUAUAGCGAUAGUUGUGCUCAGGAAGCGAAAGAUGAGCUUCCGGAUAGCUCAAUCAUUAAGGAUCUUCUUUUAAAAACUCGCGGUUCUAUGAACGGACCAGUACUGGAGACUGCUGUAGAAAAUUUUGUCUGUCCCACUUGUAACAUCCCCUAUACUAGUAUAGACAAUUUAGAGGCUCACCGCAGAUAUUACUGUAAAGGUAUUGACAAUUCUAGAAAAGGAACCGAUUAUCACGCGGACUUAGAAAAACGAGAUUCUGAUUUCGAUGUAAAAUCUGCCGAUUAUUAUAGCACCUUGCAACCGUUACCCUCGCCGGGUCCUCUACUAGGUAACACCAGACUAGUCGACGCGUACGCUCCACCUGCCAAGAAGCAAAGAACGGAAACUGUGCCGACCAGUUUAAGAUCGCUAGAGGAGCUCAGCAAGUAUCCGCGUCCAAACUCACUACAGAUGUUCGGUGGUGAAGUGAGGAUUCUCGACAACACGGGCGAAGUAACGAAAACGAUGAGGAUCGAGCCACGACAGACAAAUUCGCCCACGAACGAGCACGUUGUCAAUAGCAAGUGCAUCAACUCGGAGACGGCAUCGAUAGUGGUAAAAUCGGGACUUCAUUCUGGUGGUACCAUGAUGCAUAAACCGCCGGAAAUAUCGGCUAACACGUCCAAUUCCUCCAUAUCUCUGCCCAACGCACCGAAGAUAUUGGCGCCCAUUAUACCAAACAUAUCAACCCCGAAUAUAGCGCCUACUAUGUCCUGUUAUGACUACUUGGAGUCGCACCUCAACCCGCUGACGAGCAUCACUGCCUACAAUCCGUUGACUUUGCCGCAAGCUGGUAUCACAAGUAUCCUCCAUGGCGGAAAGGUGAUACCUUAUGUACCUGGUAUGCCCGGACCACAUACUCUGACUGGUACGCCGACUAUAGACAUAUCUCCGAGUAUAACGGCUGGCGAAGCCGGUUAUAAAGUGAUACCGGGCCUACCGGGCCUACACAUGAUACCUCAGCCACUCGACCUGGCUAGUUCAGUGAAGGUACAACCCAGUACGGUGCCUGGUAUGCCCAGUCCAUUGUCUGGACAUGUUCCUUCCUUGCUAGACCAGCCUCUGGAUUUGGCUAGUCCGGCAAAGGAGUCGAUGAAGAUCAGGUUCAAGACACCUCAUGGCGCUGGCGUNNNCAGUCCCAAAGUUCCUAACGUCAAGGUCGAAACUUCGACAGACAAGUAUCGCACGAGGAUGCCGUCAACUCUCACCGGUGGAGAGACCGGCAAAGCAGAGCUCGAUCGUCAUAUCAAAAAUAAUACGGCCGUAAAAUACAGGAGUAUAGAGAGUCCGCGAGAGAGAAAGGAUUUUACAUACGACAAGAGUCCAAAGUUGGACAAGACUUUUAGUUAUCCAAAUGGCGUAGAUCCCACAAUUUCUUCGAACUCUUACAACAAGAUGAGAUACUCGCCCAAGACCAUUUCGGAAAACAAGAAGAGAUCAUCGAAUUGGGGUGUCAGUGAAGUUGAUGCUGGUAGAGCACUCCCAAUAGAUACGCACACUGCAAUCUCUAAGUUAGACUUACCUGUUCACGAGAAUGGUCGAUUAAAAAAUAGUGUCCCUUCGGAUACACGUGGAUGGAUUAAAGUCGCGGACGGAUACGGCGCAUUCAAUGGCGCUAAGAUAAAGGCCGACAACGCGUCAUCGGUAAUACUUGUAAACUUAGAUUCUUCCAAGACAGAAGUGCCAACGAAAACUUCCGUAGAAUUAAUUGUUAAGGACAAACAACCCGAGGCCAAAUCGCCGAAGAGCGGCGACGUCGUUAAAGAAACAAUUAAUGCUAAUAAGUUCUUGAGACCCACGUCUCUACCAUUGAAACCCGGCACGUUUACGCCGAAGAAGCAUCACGGGAUCACGCCUACGGCGAACACGCUUCCUCUCAUCAGUCCGGAGACUCCGCGACCCAAGAAGUCGUAUGGACAAUUAUAUCUAAAUGGGCAUGCUUACACAUAUCUAGGUCUUAAAUGUUCCACCAGGGUGUUUUAUUGUACCUUGAAUCGACCGCAGCCAAUGUAUGUCACACAGCAGCACGGUCUGUCGAUGUACUCCAAUUGGAAGAUAUGCAAGGAGGCACCACUAGAUGUGGACAUGGCACACUACGACUCUCGACAUAGACCUCUCAAUUACACGACCGCUUGGAAGAAACAAGAAGCUAUUUUAACUCACUCUUCGCAAAGACCAACCACUCCCACCAGUCCGGACAGUGGAUUGGAGAGUGACAUGCAGGAGAAGACGAAAAGAGUGAAGAUAUUUGACGGAGGUUUUGAGAGUAACGAAGAUUACACCUAUGUGCGCGGAAGAGGACGAGGACGUUAUGUCUGCGAAGAAUGUGGUAUUCGUUGUAAAAAACCAUCUAUGUUGAAGAAACAUAUCAGAACACAUACGGAUGUUAGACCGUAUACUUGCAAGCAUUGUACCUUUAGUUUCAAAACAAAGGGUAAUCUUACGAAACACAUGAAGUCCAAAGCUCACUACAAAAAGUGUGUGGAAUUGGGCGUAGUACCAGUUCCUACAACUGUCUGCGACGAAAAUAUCGACAAGGAGGCUAUCGCGCGAUUAGCUGCUGGUGGCGGUAACACGGAAGAAUCUUCAGAGGAGGAGGAAGAAAGUGACGGAGAAGAAAGCGAAGAAUCGGGCAGCGAGGAGCAAGAAGCAGCACAAAGUCUACUCAGUCUUUCACAACGUAACACGUCGAAUAGAUUGCCCGGCUUGUUGCCGUCUGGUAGACCCACAACGUAUCCAUACACGCUAACUUUACCUACGACUUCCACGAUGAGCAUCGUGUCCACUACCGCGGCUACGUCUACCAUCAGUCAAAGUGUCACCACGCAAGAAACAACUUUGAUCCAAAAUGAAUUAUCGCAUCGUUAUUACUUCCCAUCAAACCGAAAUACGACGGAAGAAACGAGGAUCAGUGUCAUCCAAUCGUCAAAGAAAGAUGAUUCUGACUUUGAGAUCGAGGAAAUCACCGAAGUCACGGAGUCACGUCAUCAGCUGUCGCAGCCCAUGGAUCUCACGACGAAGCAGACCACUCAGGUGUUGCCCUCGCCGGUCCCGCGAAGAGUUAGACACGCGGACAUUCUGACACCCGUUUCGGAGCCGGUCUUAUUGCAGACGAUAGUCCAAACAAUGGAACGGCUGCCUAUACAGGGUAGAGAAUGGAAACCGGAUGCGGAGGGCCACAUGUUGCAGGCCUACCUCACGGAGAGACAUGUGAUGGACAGCAAAAUUAAGCAACAGUAUCGCGUGGGAAAUACCAAGGACAAUAAGCAGAUACAGGAAAGAGAUAUUUACCUGCGUCAUCAGGAUCAAAAUAGGUCCAGGCAUAUAGAUUCCAACGGUAUUCCGACGGUGACGUAUACUGAUCCUAGCAAAAUGCAGCAUAUCGUUAUGGAAUCUAGGAUUAAACCAAUGACGAAGCAUACCAGUGACGACAUUAAGAUGGAAAUUAGGGAGAAGAUUUAUCAGAACAAUAUGGCAAUGGAAAGACGAACAUUCGAUUACGAGGCUAUUCACAAGAAUAAAGAACAGACUAAUCGUAUGGUUUCUGAUCGUGAAAAUUUUGAGCUUGGUCUUACUAACGGUCCCGCUAGCACAAGACCAAGUAUUGAGUAUGGUCUAGCCAUGACCAGGAACAAUAGUUCGAUCGAGAGAUCGAACUGUUCUAUUGUACCUGUUCGCAACACAUCCAGUAUUGAUUGUCAUUCACCGAAAUCUUUAAAUAUGGACGUCAAUAAUCGACCACAAUUGAUGCAACAUACGAACAACGACAUUGACAGAAAUUCCAUGUUCAACGCGAUGAAGAUGGUGAGUGAAAUAGAAAGACCUAGGGAAUGCCAUCCUGUUGGUCAGGAAGUAAGAUCUGCUAAUCACGAGAUGAGAACCGCGACUAAUGAUAUUCGAAUGCAGAAUCAUAGUCCACGAAAUCUCGAUCUAAGGCCGCCUAGUAGAGAGAUCAGAACGCCCGGUCAAGAGUACAGAACACAGAAUCAGGAAUUGAGGCUACCGAGUCAACAGGAAUACAAGAUACGCGGUCAAGAAAUGAGACCGCCUAGCCGUGAGUACAAACCAUCGUUCGUUCACGAUAUGCAAGUUAUUCAGGAGCUUAUGCCAUCGGCAAACAUGGAAAUCCGGCAAGCAAAUCCAGAUAAUAGACCGCCGAGCCGUGAUAUGAGAGCUCUCGCGGAAUACAGAACGCAUGCGCAAGAUCCACGUGCCAAUUACGAAAUAUUACAGUCUAUACACGAACCAUCCAAGUCGCAGAACGUAGACGUGAGAAGCACGUCACCGCAAAAAGUACGAAUUCUUUAUUAUGAUACGAAACACACUGCAGACAUAAUUAAACAGAAUGCAUUAGAUAGCAUGAAACAUGCGGUAGCCGGAAAGAUAGUCGUCGGUGGGUCAGAUUUUCAAUCGCCUUCACCAAACACAGUAAACGCGAAACCGCAAGCGGAAUUUCUACAACCGUCGAGUGGACCCGCGCCUAACUAUGUCAGUGUCACAGAAGAUGGUAGGAGUGUAUGUGGGAUUUGUAAUAAGGUGUUCAGUAAGCCUAGUCAGUUACGGUUGCACCUCAACAUUCAUUAUUUUGAGCGGCCAUACAAAUGCGAAAACUGUGCAGUUUCCUUCCGGACUAAAGGCCACUUGACGAAACAUGAAAGAUCCGUUUCCCAUCACAAUAAGGUCAGUAUGACUUCUACGUUUGGUGCAGCGACUACUAGCAAUCCCAGACCUUUCAAAUGUACAGAUUGUAAGGUAGCAUUCAGAAUACAUGGACAUUUGGCCAAGCAUCUUCGCAGCAAGAUGCAUAUCAUGAAAUUAGAAUGCUUGGGCAAACUGCCUUUUGGAACAUAUGCAGAGAUGGAAAGGUCUGGCAUCAACUUGAAUGAUAUCGAUACUACAGACUGUGAUAAUAGUCUUAAUAGUCUGCAGAUGUUGGCUCAAAGAUUAGGCGAAAAGGAUCCAGCGAAAAUCGCGCAGUGGGACUCGGAAACUCUGCCCGGACCGGUCGUGAGUGGCAGUGAGACUUCGUCAGAUGAGGGUGAGCCUAUACCGCAGCACGCACUUCAUGCAACAUACGUGAAAGCGACAACAGACGCAGACAUUUCUCGACCAUAUCACAUGUCAAUCGUCCCCGAGAAACCGAAAGCCAUUAACGACGUUCGCCUCCGCAGUCCUCAGUUCAAUCAGCAUAGACGUGAUUACUCUGUUAAAGAGCAGCGAUCAAUUCCGGUGGUCGUUCCGGAAGACGCAAGACCGGAAGACAGUUUACAAUCGUACAAGUGCCAAGUUUGCCCCGUAUCUAUGCGUACUGUAAAUGAAUUACAGGUACACUGUUUUGUUGAACAUAAUAUUGAGACGGAUUCUAGGAAAAAGAGAAUACUCAAAAAAGAAUUAUGGACGAAUCCGUAGUGAAGGAAGAUCACAAAAGACAAAGGAUAGAGGAUACAUAGUGCCAAAACAAUAUAGCGUGCGAAAAGAAUUUUUCGAGUGGUUGCCAUACUACUUAGAGAAAUCGUGGUUAUAAUGUAUCAUAUAUGGAAUGCAUCACAGAGAUAUCCUAAUGAAAAAGUCUCGGUCGUCUUAAAAAACUAUUUCAAUAGGUUAUACCAUUAAUGAUGUUUACAUUUGAAAAAACGUUUCUUGAAAAUUAUAAUAUUGCAAAAAUUUAAAUGAAGCGUUCUUAAAA